CUCCUUCCUCCCCUCCUCCCACUUCUCUCACUUCUCUCCAGCUCUCCGCGUCUCCGGCUGCUGUUUGAACCCCAGUCUCCGAGCAAAGCCGAGUGGCGCCUAGCAGCAGCGGCCUGAUGGAGUGUUGGGACUCCGCUGUUUCUUCCCUGAGCUGGACUCUGAUCAUCGGGGGCUUGGUCUUCGUGCUGCACCAGAGGCGGAACCCAACGCCGUACGGCCGCUACACGCCGGCCAAGAAUCGCUGCUGUCCGGCCAGAGUGGCCUGGUUCCUGCAGGAGGUCCCGGCCUUCCUGGUGCCGCUGCUACUGCUGCUCCUCACCGAGGCUCCGGGGAGCGGCGGCCACGGUACCGUGAGGACGCUGCUGCUCUGCUGCUUCAUGCUGCACUACUUCCACAGGAGUUUUAUCUACAGCUUCUUGACGAGAGGACGACCCGUCCCACUGUCCAUCGUCCUAUACGCCGCCAUCUUCUGCUCGCUCAACGGCUUCCUGCAGGGACACCACCUGCUGCACUGUGCCCAGUUUGAAGACACCUGGCUGAUGUACGCUCGCCUGGUUACAGGCAUUGUUGUGUUCGUGGUCGGACUCAUCAUCAACAUCCACAGCGACGCCGUCCUGCGCAGCCUGAGAAAACCCGGAGAGACCGUCUACAGGAUCCCCCACGGGGGAAUGUUUGAGUUUGUGUCUGGCGCUAACUUCUUCGGGGAGAUAGUGGAGUGGUGUGGUUUUGCCAUAGCCACCUGGUCUUUACCCACCUUCGCCUUCGCUCUUUUCACCGUCUGCUCCAUCGGGCCCAGAGCCUGCCAGCACCACAGAGACUACCAGCAGAGGUUUGAGGACUACCCUCGCUCCAGGAAAGCUGUCAUUCCUUUCAUACUGUGAGGAGGGAGGAGGAACUAAUCAAAUCCAGCUCCAGACUUGUGAACACGGCAGCUCAAAUAUACUGAUGAGACCAGAGGAUGUUUUCUUUUUAGUUGAGUGUUUCUUUUAUCAGCCAUAACAAUGAUCCAGACCAGAUCCUGACUCACACCAGAUCCUGACUCACUCCAGAUCACGACACACACCAGAUCCUGACUCACACCAGAUCCUGACUCACUCCAGAUCACGACACACACCAGAUCUUGACUCACGCCAGAUCCUGAUUCACACCAGAUCCUGACUCACGCCAGAUCCUGACUCACGCCAGAUCCUGACUCACGCCAGAUCCUGACUCACGCCAGAUCACGACUCCCGCCAGAUCCUGAUUCACACCAGAUCCUGACUCACGCCAGAUCUUGACUCACACCGGAUCCUGAUUCACACCUGAUCCUGACUCACGCCAGAUCACGACACACACCAGAUCCUGACUCAUGCCAGAUCUUGACUCACGCCAGAUCCUGAUUCACACCAGAUCCUGAUUCACACCAGAUCCUGACCCACACCAGAUCACAACUCCCGCCAGAUCCUGACUCACACCAGAUCCUGAUCCACACCAGAUCACGACACACACCAGAUCCUGACCCACGUCAGAUCCUGACUCACACCAGAUCCUGACUCACGCCAGAUCACGACUCCCGCCAGAUCCUGACUCACACCAGAUCCUGAUCCACACCAGAUCACGACACACACCAGAUCCUGACCCACGCCAGAUCCUGACUCACACCAGAUCCUGACUCACACCAGAUCACGACUCCCGCCAGAUC